AUGGUUUCUCUACAACUUCUAUUCCUAGGAGCGGUAGCUCCAGCCAUGAUUGCUGCUCUUCCAGGUAGCUUUGCGGAGAAUACUCUCCGAGUAGAGUACCCGGAGUUUAUCCCACUUCCAGGGUUUCCUUCGCUGGCUGAGCUCAAUCUUACAACUGAGAUGUUGCAUGCCCCACCAAAACUCCUCCCCAUCCCUGAUGGGUAUCACGGAGCGGCAUCAAUCUCCAGCGACUUCUCUAUUGAAUACGUCGAUUCUUGCAGCGCGGGCGGUGGCGGCUCUGGAACACUGCUUACCGCAAACGUGGACGAUGUGAUUGUGUGCUUCAACUUCCUCGUCGCACUUGGCAAUUAUCUCAUAACCGUUAGCGAGAGUGAUCAAAUUUCUGGGGUGCCAUAUUUUCGCCAAGUUGCUAUUUACAACAGUGCUGUUGUUAUAGCACAUUCGCUCAAUGUAGGAGGGACGGCCUCCACUGCCUACGAUGUCGCCCUCGGAGUGCAAUGGGUCUUCACCAAUUGCAAUAGUGGUGGCCAAGUUGCUGGAUCGGCUGCUGCGUACGGCAAUGGUGAUCUUGUGGUCCAGAUGCUCAUAUGGUCAUACGCAUAUCCCGGCGACACUCCUAUUGUGCUCUUCGAAGUCGUUGCUUGGGAGUUCAUAGGAGCUCGCGUGCAGGUCGUCCUCCGCCCAGGCAAAGACUACGGGUUGGACUUGUUGGUGCCCUCCAUGGAGGGAGCUUCUACUUCAUACGAACGCGGCAAAGCCCUGACGAAUGGCACAUGA